UAUUAUCCUUUUUUUUUUAACAAAGCGCGCCGAAAUCGUCGUAAUACAGUUUCUAUGGCGACGAUUCGGCGCGUUUUGUUUUAAAAGAAACAUACAAUAUAAAUAAACAUUUCAAAACAUUGUUCUGGUUGUAUUGGACACGGCUUAAGACAUGAAAAAACAGUGUCAUAGUUGUCAUCCUCUUGGCUUAUAGUUAUUAUGUUGUUUUUAAAACUUGUUUUCUAUACACACCUCUUCCAAGGAAAUCCCUCGAUACGGCUGUUCUGUGUCCCAACUAUUUUGAGUUUCUACAACAUCCAUCUCCUGCUCCUGGAUCCAUUCUUCAUCCGUUGAAGGCUGAGUCGGCAGUAGUCACGUUCGUUCAACUCGAGGAAUGUUUCUAGAUCAAAAAUUUCUUCAUCCCCUGUAAGAAUGAUAUAUAUGAUACAAUUAGAUUGUAACAUAACAAAAACAUCUAUGAUGUCCUUGAACAUACAUGUAUAAUCAUCGUCAAUAGUCGCGGUUAUAACAACGUCUUGAUAUAUAUUUUGUUGUGCAAUUGUAUGGUGACCAGAAGGAAAAAGUUGCAUGUGUGAAACAAUUUUCGAUGUUGAAAAAGUCCACCCGUGUUGUAGUUUCCAACUCUAAAUUGGCAAAUUUUUCGUACAGCAGCACAAACGCGAUAAAAGUCAAUGGCGAUAAUGACCAAAACAAAAGUGACAGCUACCUCUGGUAUUAUACGCACACCAUUGCAACUGCUCGGAAAGUGUUUUUUUUUAAGCUGCAAAGCGUAGUCCGGGACGGGAUAGUCCUGCCGUAAAAACGAAUUCGACAUUGAUAUCCAAUCGAAAACCAAGCAAAUAAUAUCCAAUCGAAAACCAAGCAAAAAUAUCACAGUAACCAUUGCAAAAAUCAGCAUAAUUAAUAAUUUUUAGUUAUGUGUACUUGAAAUUUGCGUUUUUGGUUUAUCAUUUAAUUGAACAUGGAAAACUCGUACAUUGUUAUGCCCGACUGUUGCCGAUGCUGUUUUGUUGAGGAAAGUGACAUGAUUUAUGUAUUCGAUAUUCUGGAUGAAUUUAACAGUAAAAUAUCCGAUUUGAUUGCCGACUGUGGCGGAAUUUCAAUAUCAGUUAGUGACAAAUAUUCUAAGAGUAUAUGCGGUGAUUGCCUCAACCAUUUGGCUAACGCUGUCCGUUUCCGGCGACAAUGCCAGAGAACACAGAAGAUUUUUCAAGAUGCCAACGAUGAAUCAAAGAUGCUGCUGGAUGCUGAACAGAAAAGGACACUGGAUUUAACACAGGAAGAAAUGAAAGACGAGCCAAAUGGAGAACAUGAAUCUGUAAUUCAAUAUAUCAUAGCAGAAUCUCCUGACGACCCCGAAUUGCAGGAAUUUGAUUACGACAAUUUAAUCAGCAGUCAAAAUAGCGAGUUUGAAGAGGUAGAAAUUAAUCAAUUGUCUUAUAAAUCAAGCACUUUGAUCGAUUUCGAUCUGGUAUCCCAAAAUAUUGAGCUUGAACCAACGCUUUCCUCUGAUGCACUGAAACUAAGUUACAUAUGCCCACAAUGUGGGGCAGGAUUUGCGCUGCAGAAAAACCUUACCAAACACAUAGCCAUUCAUGAGAAGUCUAUUUGUGAUGUGUGCUUAGCAGUUUUUGAAAGCAAGGAGGACCUCGAAAAACACAAAUCGACACACCAGUGUUCCAGUCAAACCGAGAUGCGCUGCUCUGGAGAACUAAUAGGGGAUCACUUGGAAGAACGCUGUAAUAUCAAAAAUCGACAUUCCUGCGCAUAUUGCCAGAAGCUGUUUGCAUCCAAAUCAGCCCUUGCAGCGCACGUUCGAGUGCACACUCAGGAACGGCCUUUUCCCUGCAGCUAUUGUUCGAAACGAUUCCGUACAGUGGGUGGUCAAGAACUGCACGAAAGACGUCACAGCGGGGUUAAACCGUACCACUGUGAUAUAUGUGGCAGGGGAUUUGCUGAGAGCAGCAAUUUGAAGGUUCAUCGUCGCACUCAUACCAGAGAAAAACCACAUGUAUGUACCGUUUGUAAUCGUGCCUUCGCAAGAGUAUUUUUGCUUAAAAGCCACCAGCGUAUUCAUACAGGGGAACGUCCAUUUUCCUGUCCAGAGUGUGGCAAAUCAUUUCGACAGCAGGGGGAUUUAAGUACCCACCGGCGCAUCCACACCGGUGAUCGGCCGUACCGGUGCGAGGUUUGUAAUAAAGGAUUUAUAAAAAGCAGUGGUUACACACAGCAUAAGAAAAGGCACGAAAAGCAGUUGCAGAAGUUCACCUCCGUUGCAGUUUUUGUAGGACGAUGUUGAGGAUCUGAUCGACUAUGAAUAUGGAAUUGAGGUAGAACCGGGAAACUGAAGUUAACCGAUUUUUUAUGUUAACAAUGUAAUCGAAUCAGACUGAAUUCGGUAUGUUCUAGUCAAUGAUAAGCAUACCUUUAACUGUUAUCGCGGUACGAAUAUGCAUAUUACUGUAAACGAAUAAAAAUCAAAGAAUAUACCGGUAAAAACAUAUCGUGAUGUUUUGUACACAACA